AUGGGAUCAUCACCAAGUAAAGAAAACAAAGAAAAAGAGGGAAAAUUAUCUCCAUCAACAUCCAAUACUUCAACUUCAUCAUCUGCAUCUACAUCCACAUCUUCAUCAUCAACUCCACAUAGUAAUAGUACCGAUGAUAUUAUUAAUCAUCCCAAUAAUAAUAACAAAACAAGUUAUCCAGAACAUGUGAUCGAUGCCUCAAAAGUAGGUGACGUCUAUGUCAUUGUAUAUGGAACCAACAAGUCUCCAGUAAAAGAUAAAGAUAAAGAAAACUUAAUUUAUACUGUUGUGAUUGACGUAGCAGGUGAAUCAACAGAAGUAGUACCAAUGGGUUUGGAGAUAUUCCUUGGAAAGGAGAAAAAAGGCAUACGUCUUUUUGAAGAAAGACUUUGUGAACUACGUCCCAAAUAUGUUUCACAUCAAUUGGUUGGAAAAAUCGAUAAUCUUUAUCAUGCUGGACAACCACAAGAAUGGGCAAAGGGUUUAAAAGGAGUCAUCUCUGGAAAGUGGUUUCCUGUAUUCCAACAAACCAAGGGACCAUUAUGGUCUCAAUCUGCCAACAGCCAAAACUAUGCAAAGUAUCUCAUCGACACACUCAAAGAGAAUAAUCCUCAUUCUCUAACUUGGCCAAAUCAAUUAAAAACUCCAACCGAUAACAAUAGUCCACGUGUCUAUAUUCCUCAAUACAUUGAUAUUUUAGCUGCCAAAUAA